UUUUUCCUGUACUGUUGUGCCAUCUGUUCCUAUCAGUUCUUUGUUACAAUUUCAUUUUAGUUCUUUGUUACAUUUCAGAUACAGAAUGGUAUCCCAAAGAUGUCUUGUUGUCAUCAAAUAUAUACUAUUCCUAUUCAAUCUCCUCUUUUGUAUUCUAGGUGCCCUGCUGCUGUCACUUGGGAUAUGGAUAGUCCUUGCUGAGACAAGCUUCUUCAUGCCUGCCCCUCCGCAUAUAUCUUUCUCGGUCUUGUCCUAUUUUUUUAUGUUUGGUGGAAGUGUUACAAUGUUGUUGGGCUUCUUUGGGUGUCUGGGUGCACUGAAGGAGGUGAAAUGCAUGUUAGGCAUGUUUUUCUUCUUGCUCUCCGUUCUUCUUGCGGCUCAGAUCGUGGGAGCCGUUCUUCUCUACACUCAGAAGACUUUAUUUGCAAGCCAAGUUGAAGAGCAUGUCAUCGAUGUCAUGACAUCAUUUAGAAAGAAUGAAUCCAACUAUUGGAAUUUUAAGAAGACUCUGGACUAUGUUCAGCAGGAGAUGCGUUGUUGUGGAUGGAGUGGACCAAACAACUGGGUGGAGAUACCAUGCUCCUGUUACCAACCUGAAAACAACACAGACCUCCAGCUUGCUUCAAAUCACUCAGACAUGUGUGAUUGCCAUUCCAUCCAGUAUCUUCCAUUUUGUGAGGUCUAUGGAAAUGGGUGCAGAGAGGGUAUUGCAGAGUGGUUGGAUAAUAAUUGGAUAAUCAUUUAUGGUGUGUUACUUGCUGUGAUGACAGUGGAGCUAUGUGGUAUGACCCUUUCAAUCUGUCUGUAUAGACGGACCACCCUGGAUUACAACAUGCUGAUGUAUCACUAGUAAAGGAGGACGAAGUACUGCAGGAAGCAAUAAUUGAUUGCUUUUUAUAAAACAAAUUCAAGGCUGAUAUGAGGAUUUAUAUAAGCCAUGAAUACAUCUGUGUCCAAUACAUGUUAUGAUGAAUUACUGUGAAUUUUGUAAUAUAAACUGUCCCAAUUAAUGUGUGGUUUCAACUGAUGCUGAAAUAACCCUGUCUGACCUAACGUUGUCAUCAGGCCUGUUUGAGCUAAGCCCAAUUAUUUGAAGCCUGAGCCCUUGCAUGGUCCAAUAUCACAGGAAUAUAUUGAGACCAAACCCUAAAAAAAAGCCUGAUUGAAAGAAAAGAAAAAUCUAGACCUUUCCCUAGACCAUGUAGCUGUUUCACUGAGAAGCAAUGAGCAAAGUGAGGAGGGGAAAGCCAAUUUGAAUAUAAUCAACAAAUGGGGUGGACUUGGGCAUAUAAAAACUAUUUUAUUAUUUGUUUUGUUAAUUUUCAUUAAUAAAAUGUUAUUAUUUGAUAGAAAAUGUUAUGUAUCUACAUGAUGAUUAUUAUUUUGCCAUUUAUUUGUAGAUAAUUUGUUGAUUUCUCAAAAUAUCAAUACUGUUUGGUGAUUUUUUUAAUUUCCAUUAUCUAUUGCUGUUUAUGUGCCAAUUUUUUUUUUAUUCCACAAUGUAAUAAUGUAAUUCAAUAACUCCUACAAAAGCAUGCAGUGGCUAGUACAUAUUCUGAAAAGUACAUAUUCUGAAGGAUGGCCUACCAUUGAAGCUUUUAUUUUGAUAUAUUCUAAAUUGGGAAACAUGGACCAGCAUUCACAAUUUUUUUUCUAAAUGUUAAGUUUCAAAUGUGAACUAUAUUUUAAUCAGAGGAGGGUGGUCUAGAAUCCACACCCUUCAUUUUCUAGCACCCAUAAAAAGUAAAACAUGACUAUGUUUUAAACACCUAAUUGAGACUGCAGGAAAAUUAUACAUGCAAAGCAGAAUUUGGAUUUAAACCAAAACUUAGCAAAAACCAAAAUAGUGUUGUGAAAUUUGACAUGGUUGUGUGUUUAAAUAUAAAGAAGCAAAUAAAUUAUACAGAGAUAUUCACUAAGUUGACUUACAACAAAUGCACAUUCCUUAAAAGAUACCCACUGUCAAUGGAGGAAAUAUGUCCCAGAAAUAACCAACAACAUUAUGGACAAGGAGUUAAAUGAUGAAGCCCUCCAGUUCAAGCUGGAGAAGAGCCUCCUAAAUGCUAAAACAUAUGACUCACGUGUAUGCAAGGAUGUGAAAGGAAUGGCAGAACAGGUCCGAGAGCAUCAACACCUCAAUGGUGUCAAAACGCCUAACAUUAGAAACCAAGUUUAUUUUUCUCGAGUUACUAUGUGCAGCUCUGCCCAAAAGAGCUGAACCAUUAACACAAAAUUGUUGGUUUGUGCACUGUUCCUUUGAAAUUAUGAAAUACAUUUAGAUAUUUUCAUCAUCAUAACAUAAGCGGUGAACAGUAUUUAUUAUUUCAAAUGGGUCAUAUUUGCAUGCACAUCAAAAGUCAGAUUUAGAUAUCCAUUUAGAUAUGGGCUGAAUACAUCAUUAUAUGAAAAUAAGAUAUUUUAAGCCAUAUAAUCUGACACUAAAAUGAGUGCAUUUCAAUGAGACCAUCUCUUUUUCUUCACCAUUAUGGGUGUGACCAAAAUAGUUGCCAGGGAUGCAAAGUUUGAAACUUUAAAACGGUCUUCCUCCAUUUCAAGAAAAUAAAUGUUGGCUACAUUACAGAAUGGGUACUUUUUUACGUUGUGCUUUUAAACUCAAAGUUAAAAUAAUAAUAGUCAACAAUUUGCUGCUAAUAUUUUCAGAAUAAUGACAGACAGCUAUUUGGCUAACAAAUAUACAGUGGGGAGAACAUGUAUUUAAUACACAGCCGAUUAUGCAGGUUUUCUUACUUAAAAAGCA